CGGCAGUUGGUGUGUGUGUGCGCGCGGUGUGUCGCGGCCGGCGCUGAGUGCUGUGCUCUGCUCGCUCGCUCGCUCGCCAAAGGUCAAUGACACCGCUGCUCUGGCUCGGCUGCUGCUACACUGCCGGCUCCGUGAUAAUUAUGAAUGUACAGUGCACUACCUGCUGAUCGGCCCCUGCCGGCCACCCGCCCGCCCGCCGCCAAGGACACAAUUACUACGCCAAGAAGCGUCUCCGCGAACUUCUCGCCUGCCGAGAACGUCCUCCGGGCCCAAAGCGGAUUUUCGCAGCAGCAGCAGCAUUCGCACCCUCGCAAGUUGUGUCGUCGGCGACGCACCUGUUAUGCAACCCUCAGGACAGUGCCGUGUUUAUUGUGUCUAGAGCGCGCAUUGUUGCGUCAGGCACUGGAUUGUUGCGAAAAGUGGCUGGUGGCGGCGCUGCCCCGGCCGAGUCGGGUUUUGCUGCUUACUCAAGAAGGACGACUCCGGUCUUGAGAGCAAAAUGCAGCCAGCGGAUACCACGGAACCCAAAAGAAUAAUGAGCACGAUGACGGCCACCCCUCGCGACUUGCAGAUUAUGAGCCUGUUUCAGGACAUCAAACUGAAAAGGCACAAAGUCGACAGCAGAUGCAGCAGCGACGGCGAGAGUGCAACUGAAACUCCCUCACCAGAGAGUGCCAAUAUGGCUCCAAACGAGGAAGAGUCGCCGCAGCCCUCAAGUAGUCCCGCAUUAAAAGUUGAGAGCAGAGCGUCUCCUGGACCUGGCGUUAUUACGGAAACUCCCAGGCCGGACGUAGUUCCAAACACAAACUCAGAGGCGACGCAGCCAAUAGAAGAUAACAGCGUUUUCGACGGCGGUGGCGAGGGCAGAACCGUGCUAACCCCAUCGCCCGCGACGCCACAGCCGGCGCCGACCCAGAGUUCGCAGCACUCGCCAUCCGGUUCCGUGCAGCAGCAGCAGCAUCACCAAGUUCCACCCCCUCUGCACCACAUCCAUCACCUCCAUCACCCGGCGGUGUCGACGCCGACCUCCUCGCAGCCAGUUACUAGCGUCAUAUCGAGCAACUCGCCAGCUUUCUGGCCGGUGUCGGCGCCGAGCCAAGUGAUCACGCAGAACCCGUCCAGCUACCUGUCCAAAAUCACCAGCCUCAAGCCGGACAUGAUGGGUGGUGGCCUGCGCGCCAGCGGCCCCCCUGCCAUGAUCCCCAUCAAGGGCGUGCAGAACCAUAUGUCACCAACAAGCAGCAGCGUCAGCCCCCAGCAGCAGAGGAUGCGCACCCCGACUGUGAUAAUGGGCGAGGUGGGUGGCGUUCGCACCAUGGUGUGGUCCUCAAACCAGCAGCAGGAGCACCACCUGAUGCACCCUCCGCCUCCCCACCAGCAGCCGCCUCCGCUGCAGCAGCAGCAGCAUCAACAGCCGCCGCCGUCGCAGUCACCCCAGAGCCAACAACAGCAACAGCAGCAGCAGCAUCCCAAGAUGAACAACUACAGUACGGAAGAGCAGAUCAAGAUGUCCGUGGACGGCCUGCUCAGUCUGGGCCAGGACACGGCAAACUUCCACUCCCACCACCAAGCGCCGCCUCAACCCAGCCAGACGGUCAUUAGGACGGAGAGGCCGCACUUCCAGACGCCGCUCAAUAUGGAGCGGCUCUGGGCUGGCGACCUCAGCCAACUACCCCCUGCCGCGGCACCGCUUCAGCACCCUGAACUCAAUCCUCAGGUCCAUCCUGCGCGAAAAUUCAGUUUUAAUGACAAGAAAUCUGAAUAUCAAUUUUUAACUCGGACCAAUCCUGCCCUUCAGGCUCUGAACCUGACUUCGUGGGGUGGUAGGCCGCAGCCGCACAUCAAGUUGGGUGGCGCCCCGAUGGCCACGCACAUGGAGGACGAGUCUGAAUACGAGCCGCCGAUGGUGUGCAUGAUCUGCGAAGACAAGGCCACCGGUCUUCACUACGGAAUCAUCACGUGCGAGGGGUGUAAGGGAUUUUUCAAGAGGACAGUACAAAACAGACGGGUGUACACAUGCGUCGCAGACGGUAACUGCGAAAUCAACAAAGCACAGAGAAACCGUUGCCAGUAUUGCAGAUUCAAGAAGUGCAUUGAGCAGGGCAUGGUGUUACAAGCGGUACGAGAAGAUAGAAUGCCUGGAGGCAGGAAUUCCGGGGCUGUAUACAACCUUUACAAAGUAAAGUACAAGAAGCACAAGAAGUCACCCACGGGGGCUGUCAGCAAAACUCACGCGAUCAACUCGCUGCACCAUCCGACGCCGUUGACCAAGUUGCAGCACCAGCAGCUGGCCACAGUUGCGCAUCUAACCACCGAGAAGCACAAGGAGUCUCCUGGCAACGCGUUGCCGCCUCACCUUGUCAACGGACUCAUAUUAAAGACUGCUCUAACUAACCCUAGCGAGGUUGUGCACUUAAGGCAAAGACUGGAUAGUGCCGUAAGUUCCUCUAGGGAUAGACCAGUAAUGCCUUUUGAAACUAGCUUAAGCCUCAUCCAAACGCUGAUAGACUGUGACGAGUUUCAAGAUAUCGCGACUCUCAGGAAUUUGGAGGAGCUUUUGGACCAUAACAGCGAUCUCAGUGAAAAAUUGUGCCAGAUAGGAGACUCGAUAGUUUACAAACUGGUGCAGUGGACCAAGAGGUUGCCUUUCUACCUGGAAUUGCCUGUAGAGGUGCAUACUCGGAUGUUGACUCACAAGUGGCACGAACUCCUUGUGCUAACAACCUCAGCCUAUCAAGCCAUUCACGGCAAGCCUUUCGAUCAGAACACAGACUUUAAUCAAGAGGUGGCCAACAACCUAAGCACACUUCAAGCGUGCCUUUCCUCUAUGAUGGGACGCCACAUAACCAUGGAGCAGCUGCGGCAAGACGUCGGCCUGAUGGUCGAGAAAAUCACCCACGUCACUCUCAUGUUCCGGAAAAUGUGUCUCCGGAUGGAGGAGUAUGUGUGCCUGAAAGUGAUCACCAUGUUGAAUCAAGGGAGAUCAGGUUGUGGAGAGCUCGAAAUAAUCCAGGAUAGGUAUAUGAACUGCUUAAAGUACUACGUCGAGCACUCCUUCCCCCAACAACCUGGACGGUUCCAGGAGUUGCUGGUGCGACUUCCAGAGGUCCAAUCGGCAGCAGCGUUGUUGCUCGAGAGCAAAAUGUUCUAUGUACCCUUCCUACUGAACUCUGCUAUCCAAAGAUAGUGCCACGAAAAGCACAGUGUCCGCGGUGUCACUGUGAUCAGAAGCGUCAAGUUACCAAGCCAGUCGCCAGCAGCCAGGGAAGAGGACGAGGCGGGUAAUCCCUCGUCAGUUACCAUUGUAGCCAAGCUGGAGGCUGACUAGACAAGAACCACUCACAAACACUCAACUCGCUGUCAUGUUGUUUAACUGCGCAGAGAGAAGCUCCUCGCGGGAGAGAGAGACACACACACAGACACUCGCACGUAAAAUAGUGGCAUUUUAGCAGAACAAUUUUUAAGGGAAAACAACAAGGAAAUUGUGAACCAAAGCCUGUUAACGUUCGUGUACAUACUUACAAAGAUCGAUGGAGAGACAAACAACCCCACCAACUUUUAACACGUAUUUGUCAACCUAGGUCCGGGGCGGGUCGACCCACCUGGCAGUGGGUCGAGCCCUUCCCUGGCUUUUAAACCAGCGACUCGGCACUCCGGUCCUAACUCUGUACAGAAGAUGGAUAAAUUAUAUGCAUGUUUGUCGAUAUGAUGACGAUGCUGAUGACGAUGUAAAAGAAAGAGUUUAUAUCACUGUUUAAUUCUGCUGUUAUAAGUAUUCUAGUGAAUAUUAAUUGAUUAAUGUAUUUUAAAAAAAGCAACGCGCGCGAAAGAGAAUUGGGUGGUGAUAAAAAUUUCUUGUUGUGCAAUUAUCACUUUACUUCCGUUUGAGAGCAAAGAGCAGAGCAGUGGGCGGCGGCGGCGCUGACUGGAACGGCGCCGCAGCCGCGCCGCUCGCGUCGGUUUGCUGCAAAGAGCGAAGUCGGUCCUAUAUUGAAUGCGAUGUUUUCUUUUUACUUAACACAUACAUUAGAGAAAGAGAGGCACUAAAAAAUACAAAGCUGCAAAAAGAAGAAGAAACAUAGUACUGAACCGUGUUUUGAGGUUCCUUUGCCCUUCGGUCCGAACGCGCCCUUCGACUUAGGCCGCACACGCCGCCGGCCGCCCCGCAAGUGCAAUUCAAGCCAACUCCAUGGACGUCCAUUUUCUACCGGCGGCCGUCACGAGUGUGCGUUUCAAAAAUAAUGUUAUUGUCACGUUCGGUCCGGUCGUGAUCUGAUAGGGUGUAAAACAAAUACAUUGGCAAUGCUGACGAAGAGUGUUGAUUAAAUUUUAAGCUAUUCUCAAAUCACAUCUCCUCCUGUGCUCUUUCAUUCUCUUUAUUUUCGGUUCAGUAUUUCUCUCUUGUGACAAAAGUGCGACUUCUCGUGAAAUUCCUCUUUUUUUAUUAAUGUUAUAUUUUCUUUCGAACCAACAAAAACGGGGCAACACAUGUAAAACAUUUCGAUCUCUACUUGAGAGUUACAGCGAAGCCAAAAUUAAUUUUUCUCACAAACCUUUCGUGUACAUACAGUUCAAUGUUAAAGGAAAAUUUUUGGAAGACUGCUGCUGUAUGUUUCUGUCGAAUAUAGUAAAUCAAUGUUGAGUACACACACACAAAUCCACAGAUAAGAGAAAAAAUAUAUUGUGUAACGAGAACUAAUUAAUGAAGCUGUAACCCUAACUCCUAUGUAAUGCAAUCAUACUCCUGCCUAGGUUCGGCUCACUCUUGAGUGCUGAUUCCGAGCACAAAACUAGCCAGCGGCUAUUGCCGUCACUUUUUUACGUCGUUUUCUAACACACCGACGGCUCGUUUCGUCGAUUUCGGAAAUUAAAUAGCGAAUCAGCGCUGCAAGGCUGGGCCGAAGUGAAGUUUGGGCGCCCACUAUGGUCAUACAUCUACUUGUCCUGAGUUACCAUUUUACAUUUUUGUCACACAAUGUUUGUUCAUUUUAGGAUCGUUAAUGGCCACAAUAUUUGUUCUUGCGGCGAAUUAGUUUCGUACGUUGCUGCGAGAGUUCAUUUUUGUUAUCAUUUUGCCAAUAAAGUUACUAAUUUUUAGAAACAAGAA